GCUGCUUGCUCUGUUAACGCGUCAUCGAAAGAAACAUGGCGGCGCGCAUUACCAGGGCUGUGAAACGACUUCUUCCAAAGGAGAGGGGUUGGCUCCUGCCCACAGCCUGGCAGAAUACCGAGGCCGGGCGUUAUCACCACCACUCGGCAGGCUCCUCACUGCGCUACAUACCCCGCAGGGCGGUUCUCUACUGCCCCGGCAAUGAUGAGCGGAAAUUGAGGAAACUAGCUUCGCUGGAUGUCGACUGUGCCGUCUUGGACUGUGAGGAUGGCGUAGCCCUCAGCAAAAAGACAGAGGCCAGGGAGACCAUCCCCAGGAUGUUGGCUGAACUGGACCUGGGCCGGACGGAGAAGUGUGUGAGGGUGAACUCUGUGUCCAGUGGCUUUGCUGAGGCUGACCUGCAGGUCAUCCUGCAGGCUGAGGUUCUCCCUCCUGCCAUCAUGUUGCCUAAAGUGGAAGACACGCAGGAAGUGCAGUGGUUUGUUGACAGGUUUCAGCACUACUUGAAAGGACGGGCACUGACAGAACCCGUCCGCCUGGUCACCUUUGUGGAAACUGCUGUGGGCCUGCUCAAUUUUAAGGCGGUUUGUGAGGAAGUCCGUCGACUUGCUCCGAAGGCCGGCCUCCACCAUGACGGUGUGGUGUUUGGCUCUGAUGACUUCUGUGCCAGCAUAGGUGCCACACGGACCAAAGAUGCCAGGGAGCUCCUUUACGCCAGGCAGAAGGUGGUCGUGACCACCAAAGCGUUUGGGCUGCAGGCUAUCGACCUGGUCUACAUCGACUACAAAGAUGUGGAGGGGCUAAGGCGACAGGCCAGGGAGGGCGCUCUCAUGGGCUUUACAGGUAAGCAGGUUAUCCACCCGGGGCAGAUCCAAGCUGUGCAGGAGGAGUUCUCCCCCAGUCUGGAGAGGGUCCAGUGGGCCAAAGAGCUCAUUGCUGCUUUUGACCAACACCAAAAGGAGGGAAAGGGUGCGUUCACCUUCCGCGGCAGCAUGAUUGACAUGCCCUCGGUGAAGCAGGCGAAAAACAUCGUAACACUCUCCGUUGUGGUGCCAGAGAAAUGACACAACUGGUGGGAAGAAUCACGAGGAACCGCACAACUUGACCCUGAUGGGAGACGUCAAAGGGAACAGGAACUCUUGCUGGUUUCAGGACAAAAAUGGCACUUUGAAGUGUUAUAAUAUAUUUUGCUGGACAUAACUGGAUUGUGGAAAUUGUGGUUUUAAUUUAAGUUUUAAUAAAUGUGGAAAUUGUUUUAUUUA